AUGCUUGGGAAGUCAUGGUGGGCUGGUUUUAAAGCUCGACAUCCAACACUCACCUUGCAGAUAGCUGAAGGCCUUGACAAAGACAGGGCACUCACUCUGAGACCUAUCAUUGUUGUUUCUUUCUACGAGACAUUAUCAAAGGCCUAUACAGCAAAUCCAUAUGGUCCUUUCCAGAUUCAAAACUAUGAUGAAAUCAGGGUUAUGGCAAGCAAGAAUGGUGCUAUGAGGGUGCUCCCUAGGAGAGGAAGUCACAAUGUCUCAUACAUAAUCUCAAAGAGCUGGGAAUGGAUUACGAUUUUGUGUUGCAUGAACACUUCUGGGAAAAGCAUCCCAGGCUUCUACUUGUUCAAAGGGAAGAAGCACCUACAGAAUUACAUCACCAAAUGUGAGCUGAGUGCUUGCAUAGCAACACAAAAAGACGCAUGGAUGAUAAAGGAACUAUUCCUUAAUUGGUUGCACCACUUUGUGCGAUCUAUUCCAGGGGUUGUAUCACCCACCAAUAGGAACUUGCUUAUAUUUGACAGCCAUGACAACCAUGUUGCAAUGACAACCAUCCAAGAGGCAAGGAUGUUGGGUAUAGACUUUCUCACAUUGUCGGCUCACACCUCUCACAAACUACAGCCACUAGAUGUGAGUGUCUUCUCUCCACUCAAAACAUACUUCAAAACAGAAAGAUCAACGUGGUUGGAAAGGUUUCCAAAUGUGGAGAUCAGGAGGGAAGAACUGGCAGAAAUAGGAAGCAAGUCUUUGAAGAAGGCAUUGUUGGCAUGUUUGGCAUAA